UCACAGAAUUCCGUACAACACCGCCGGGACAGCAAAACGAGAGAAGCGGACUUAACUUUGUACCGAAGAUUAGUUUUAAGUGCUUUUUAGACCGAUUCUGUCACAGUUUCACGCAGACUAACUGGCCAAGCGACGGAUUCAAGCGUUUUUGGUGGAUUUUUGAGAUUUUGAAGCACGUCCGAAGCUCGGAAAGUUGUUCUUUUGUUGUCCCAGUUCAUGUGAAAGUAAUUUCCUGCGACGGCUCGGCGGAUAAUGCGCUCGCUCUCGCGUUUUUAUUGCAGUUUAGUACGCUCCCCAAAASUACUCUGGAGUUAAAUGAAGAAAAAGGAGCUAAGAAGGCCUUUCCUGAAGUUAGGAGCUGAUAACCUGGAAUGAGCGCAGCCGCCUCCUGUGGGAAACACACAACACAGUCCGAGCUGGACACGAGCUGAACAAAGUGAGGCUGAAUGUUCAGGAAGAAGCAACAAUAUUUUAAAGUGGGCUAAGCUUUUUGCGGGGUUAAGAGUUGUAGUGAUAAAAACCGCCCUAUCAGGACCGUGGAAUGGGAAUUAUAAAUGAGUGUUUUGCCAAACAAAGGAGGAGGACACCUCGGUCGGAUUGAGAGAAAUGGAGGAGGAAGGAUCACUUGAACCAAGCAGCAACACUCUCAUCGUGCGGCAGAGAUUUUGUUUUUCUCUGGCUUGAAACCCUCGCUUUGAGCUUAACCCUGYUGGGCGUCAAACGCAUUUAUAUCCCCCCCCCUGUAAAUGGUGAGGAGGAGGGGGAUCAUGAGGCUGCAGUUGUUGGUGUUUUCACUGCUGCUGCUGCCGACAGGCUCCACGGCGCAGCAGCAACAGCUCCUCUGCAAAACGUCGGAGGAGCGCCCGAAAGGCGGUGGGAAAAGCCCGCAGUCCGACAGGAAGGUGGUCUGCAGCAACAUGGAGCUCGAACAGGUGUUACCCCCGGACUCCUUCCCGAACAGARCAGUCACCCUAAUUCUUAACAACAACAAGAUUCAAGAACUCAGAAAUGCGUCCUUCUUCGGAUUGUCUGCUUUGGAAAAAUUGGACCUGCGGAGUAACAUGAUCAGUCGUAUUGAGCCUGGCGCUUUUCUGGGCUUGCCAGCACUAAAAAAACUAGAUUUGUCCAACAACAGCAUUGGCUGUCUUUACGGAGACAUCUUCAAGGGCCUUGACAGUUUGACCCGACUUAAUCUUUCAGGAAACUUGUUCUCUUCCUUAGCCCAGGGCACAUUUGACAGGCUGGUGUCUCUGAAGUCGCUAGAGUUUCAGACACCAUAUCUGCUUUGUGACUGCAACCUCCUGUGGCUUCUGCGUUGGAUCAAAGACAAAAACGUUGCUGUGAAGAACACGAAGUGCUCCUACCCUCAGUCUCUCCAGGGACAGCUCAUAACUUUCAUCAGGCCAGAGCUCCUCACCUGCGAUGCUCCGCUGGAGCUGCCGUCCUUCCAGCUCACUCCAUCCCAGCGUCAGGUGGUCUUUCAGGGGGACAGCCUCCCUUUCCAGUGCCAAGCCUCCCUGGUGUCUGAAGACAUGCAGGUGCUCUGGUACCAAAACGGCCGCAUGGUCCAGCCUGACGCCACACAAGGCAUCUUCAUUGAAAAGCGYGUCAUGCAGAACUGCUCCCUGAUCGCUAGCGCUUUGACCAUCUCGAACAUUCAGCCUGGUUUUACGGGGAACUGGGAGUGUCGUGUCCGGACAAGCAGGGGAAAUACCACCAGGACCGUUCACAUCGUGGUGCUGCAGAGUUCUGCCAAGUACUGCGCUCCUGAACGCAUCUCCAACAACAAGGGAGAGUUCAGAUGGCCCCGCACCUUGGCAGGGAUCAGGGCCUACCUCCCCUGCAACAGGCUGCCAUCCAGCGCAGGCGCCUACUCGGGCGGUUCUGCCGAGGGACGGCAGGCAUGGCGCUCCUGCAGCAGCGAGGGGCUGUGGACCAAGGACGACUACUCCCUCUGUCAGUUUCAGAAAGACGCCACCAGAUUUCUCUAUGUCAUCAACCAGAUGCCUCUGAACGAGAGCAACGUUGUGAACAUAGCGCGGCGCUUGCUGCUCUACACCAUCGAUGCGGUCAACUUCUCCGACAAGAUGGACAUCAUCUUCGUGGCUGAGAUGAUUGAGAAGUUUGGAAAGUUUGUUGAGAAGAUAAAAGAUUUGGGUGAGGUGAUGGUUAGCAUGGCCAGUAACUUGAUGCUGGCUGAUGAGCGAGUUCUGUGGAUGGCCCAGCGCGAAGCCACGGCCUGCUCCCGCAUCAUCGCCUGUCUCCAGCGGAUCGCCACGUACCGCCUGGCCACGGCGCAGGCCUUCUCUCUGAUGUCCCCCAACAUUGCCCUGGAGGCCCACGCUGUCCGGGCUAACGACUGGAAUGGCAUGACCUGCAUGUUGCUCCAGAGGCCCACCCCCGAGCGGACCCCCGGCCAGGACCGCCAACUCACGUUCAAAUGCAACACCAACUCCACCGUCGUCUACAAGAGCACCAUAGAGGCUUCCUUGCAGCUCCCAGAGUCUCUGUUCAGCCAAGCGGUUCUUCCCGGGCCGGGAGACGAAGCCGUCUACAAGCUGCACCUGUUGGGCUUCCGCAGUGGCAAGUUCUUCCCCUCCACUGGGAACACCUCCCUCCUGGCUGACGGUGGGAAGCGGAGGAGUGUGGCCACACCUGUUAUUAUGGCAAAGAUUGACGGUUUGCCCCAGCGYGUCCUGAGGAGCCCCGUCAAUGUCACCCUGCGGCGGUUCGCUCACGGUUCGGACGCCGUGCCAGCCGGCUGGAACUUCAGCCUGGCGGAGGGCCAGGGCGGGUGGAGGAGCGAGGGCUGCCGCAUCCUGGAGCAUCAGGACAAUUUCACCACCAUCUCCUGCAACUCUCUGGGCAACUACGGCUUGCUCAUGGACCUCAGCAGCGUUGACCACUUCUCUCCAAGCAUCCAACCGUUGCAUCCAGUCAUCUACGCAACAAGUGUCUUACUGCUCCUCUGCUUGCUCAGCGUUCUAAUCAGCUACACUUACCAUCACAGGUCUGUUCGUGUGAGCCGCAAGUUUUGGCACAUGCUCGUCAAUCUCUGCUUCCACAUCUCCCUCACAUGCGGGGUUUUCGUAGGCGGCAUCAAUCAGACGCGCAACGCGAGCGUCUGCCAAGCGGUGGGCAUUUUGAUGCAUUAUUCCACUCUGGCUACGGCCCUGUGGGUCGGCGUGACGGCACGUAACAUAUACAAGCAGGUGACACGCAAGGCCAAGUGCUACGUGGAGCUGGACGAGCCACCGCCACCGCCGAGGCCGAUGCUCAGGUUCUACCUAAUCGGCGGAGGGAUCCCCAUCAUCGUCUGUGGGAUCACUGCGGCAGCCAACAUCAAAAACUACGGUAGUCAGACAAAUGCACCAUAUUGCUGGAUGGGAUGGGAGCCGAGUAUCGGGGCCUUUUAUGGCCCAGCGGGAUUUAUCGUCUUUGUGGACUGCAUGUACUUCCUGAGCAUCCUGCUGCAGCUGCGCCGACACCCYGAGCGUCGUUACGAGCUAAAGGAGCCGACGGAGGAGCAACAACCUCUGGCUUCGGUCAGCGGCGAGGCGGGGCCUGACGGACCCGGCGGCCACUGUCAACCCCUCGCCCUGCAGCUCCAGCCAAACGAGGCGUCCUCUUCCGUCGCGUYGGCCCCUCAUGCCGUGCCCCUGUCAGCCCUGGAGAACGAGCACACCUUCGCCGCCCAGCUGAUGGGUGCCGGAGGAGCUUUAGGACUGUACGCAGCCCUCUGGGCGUUUGGCGCCGUGGCUGURUCGCAGGAGCACCCGUACGACUUGGCUUUUACCUGCCUUUACGGGGCGACGGCGCUGGCCUUGGGGGCRUUCAUGGCGGCCCAUCACUGUGUGAACAGGCAGGACAUGAGGCGCUUGUGGUCACAGGCGUGCUGCUCCGGAAGGCGAGCCUACUCCGCUCAGGAGGACAUUCUCCUGCCCCUGCCAGGCAUGGCCACGACGUCCACGGCUGUGUCCRACACCAAGGCAGACGGGGAGUCGACCAAGGGCGGUCAAAGCAGCGCCGGCUCUUCCUACACGAACAAGAGCGGCCCGAGCACACGUACCUCCACCCACGGCAACAAGCUGACCAAUCUGCACGCAGAGGCAGCUCAGUGCAAGUCGACCCCGGCGCCAGCCAAUGGCGCGGCCGUUUUGGACAGCAGCCUGACGGAGCAUUCUUUAGAUAACGAAAUAAAAAUGCACGUGGCGCCGGUGGAGGUGCAGUUCCAUCCGGCGAACGUCCCCGCGGCUAACGGACACGCGGGCCGGCACCUAAAGAACCGAGCGCGARCGCACCGAGCGAGUCGGCUAACGGUGCUGCGGGAGUACGCCUACGACGUGCCCACGAGCGUGGAGGGCAGCGUGCAGAGCGCCCCCCACCGGCGGCACCACCACUACGACGUGGCCGCGCGCAACAGCCGGCGGGCGGCCUACAUGGCCUACAGGGAGCGCCACCAGAGCCAGCGGCAGCAGGACAGCAGCGACAGCGCCAGCCUGCCGCGCCGCUCCCGCUCUUCCGAMAAAGGAAGCGGCGGUCUGUCGGUGAACGGAGCCGCGGGGAAAGAGCAGGCCGUCUCCUCCGGAUUGUCCGGCGCCAGCAAAGACUGCAGUCCUGUCCGGCGGCCYGGCGGCACCGAGCUGGAGAACAAGCUGUACGGGCUCAACCUCGUCACCCAAAAYGGUGGAGCGCUGAAAGAAAACGGAGCGGCGAUGUCUUUAAGUAACWGCRACAGUACAAAAACUGGUUUGUGGAAACAUGAAACUACUGUAUAGUAACACUUUCUGUCCCAAAGAACUGCGUAAUAAAGCCCAUAUACCUCGAAACUGUGAAAUGUUGAUUGUACAGGUUUUCUUCAGAAUAAAAAACUAAUUCUUGAAAAAUUUGCAAGAAAUACUGCCACUGAACUGUUCCUGUAGAUUUAAUUUUGUAAAUGUGAUUUUUCUUUUUUUUAAAAAAAGAUAACUUUUUUUCCAAUUUAGUUAUGAGAGUUCUGUACAUGGACUGAUCUGUGGCCAUGUGCAUAUCUUACCUAUUUUCUUGUUGGUCCCAGCAAUAAGAAUAAUGUUAAAUAUAAUAAAAGUUUACAGGUUUUUGUUGCUGUAAUAA